AUGGACAUCGUUGUUGGUCAUGGUGUAAAACUUGGUCGGCAAGUUCAAUUCAUCAGAGACUCUGCACAAUGUCCAAAUUGUAAGUGGGUACAAGUGGUGCAUACUGCUCCAGAGGACUUAAGCAAGUACAAAUGCUACAGUGACCCCAUUUCAAAAGGUGAAACAAAACACGAAUCAGAAGUUGAACUUUGCAAACUUGCUGACCUUGUUGUGUCCGUGGGACCCAAACUGAAAGAAGCAUACACUUCAUAUUUACAGCGAUGUAAGACAGAUCAAGACGUUUUAUCUAUUACUCCAGGUCUUUUUCAAAGGGAGUUUGGGGAUCUAGUGGCAAAACAAGAUCCUAACGAGGAUGCUGAAUUCAAAGUGUUGUUAUUUGGUCGUGGGGAUGAUGAGGACUUUGAACUCAAAGGAUACAACAUUGCUGCUAAGGCAUUUACUGAUCAACGGUUAAAAAACAAACCUUACCAUCUACUCUUUGUCGGGGCACCUGAAGGAAAGCAAGAAGAAGUUAGACAAAAACUUCUACAGCGUGGUAUUGCCGAAGCACAGUUGACUAUUAGAAAAUUUAUCCAAAGUAGAGACAGACUGAAAGAUUUGUUGUGUGAAGCUGACCUUGCCAUCAUGCCAUCAAAAUCAGAGGGAUUUGGUCUUGUUGCCCUUGAGGCCUUGUCUGCGGGACUACCCAUUCUUGUAGGCAGUAGGUCAGGUUUUGCCAAAGCAUUAGAAAAUGUUCCUCAUGGUAAUGCAUGCAUCGUUAGUUCAGAUGACCCUGCAAAAUGGGCAAAAGCAAUAGAAGCUGUUCGUAUAAGGCAUCGAAUGAGGCUUCAAGAGAUAAAAUCACUGAGAGCGUCUUAUGGGGAGAUGUACAGUUGGAAGGAGCAGUGUGAAGCCCUUGUGAACAGAAUGUGGAAAAUGAGUCAUGGUGAGUGUUAUUUGUUAAGUGGUGAUGCGCAUAAUUGAUUAUGUUGUACCAGACAUUACAGUAAUGUAGUUUUCGUGGCACAAUAUAUGCAGAUAUAAGGGUGCAGCGAUGGUCUUUCACAAACACUGAAUAGAUGUAGUUCUUUGACCACAUUUUCAAGCACUAUAAAUUCUCUUUGCAAAUUUAGUACAUGUACGAGUUGUUCCGGAAUAUUUGACGACUAAAUUGUUUGCUAGAUAAAUAUGGCCAAGACAAUAAUAUACUUCUUUACAUUCCUAAGAAGUUACUUUCCUAAGAAGUCACCUUCAAUUCUUUUAAGUGUAGAGCCACACUUGAAUUUCAGUGUUGUUAUUUUUAAACUGCUACUGAAGGACAACAUACAAAGACAGUCAAUUUUGUGUUGGGCUGUGAAAAACAUGCAAAAAUAAAUGGGCUACUUGAAAUUUUGAGAUGCCUACUUUUUCUUUAUAAUAAUGAAGCUUAAAUGUUUUAUACACGCCUUUUAAAAUUUUACUGGAAGUUGUCAAAGUGAAUUUGAAUGAAUGAAAAGAUCUGUGAUGUGUGGAAUAAGGGUCUCCAUCACAUUUAAGGGUCAAAGUUGUCCGUGACCGUCAAAAUUUAUUUUUAGUGUCACAUGGGACGUGGUUCCACACAGGUGAUUAUGGCUGGCGCAGAGGUGAAUGGGUUACAAAAACAUAUAAACAUUAUUGUGUAAGAAGCCGAUAUCAAAGGCUUGUUCUCACACCAGAUGCCUUUGAUGUACCAAAGGGUGUUUCUGCCGCUGAAAAGCAGCCUGUUUCAAAAACACAUCCUUCAGCUUCUGGAUUCUCAGAAGAGCUAUGUCCAGUUGAUGAAGAGACGAAAACUGAGGAUGCAACCAGAUUAAGUGAAGAAUCUCCCUCAGUUUGCCAUACUCCUAGCGUUUCAGGGCUCACUUCUGACCAACACCUGGGACCAUGAUUCACCAUUUGGCGAGAACACCCUGUACAAAAAAAAAGAAACGCUUCCAUUUUUGGAGUCUGGCAGCUAAAGCAAGCUCGACGUAAAAGUGAAAAGAAACAAAAAUGGGAUCGCUUACAAGUUUUUCCCGUAAGUCUUGAUAAAAAUAUUCGCGAAUAAUAGUUUUAUAAAACACUGAAAGUUAUGCUCUGAUAACAGCAAAACAUUUCUAUUUCUUCAGCUACAUUUUCAGAGCCUUCUACAGAAAUUGACAACAACCAAAGAACAAACCCUUACGACGACGAGCAGCUUGUUUCAGAAACGUCCCUUCGUAGUGAUUGUGAAAUGAAAGCUGAUGCUGCAUCAGGAAAUCAAACUACAAUAUCCACGAAUACAGACUCUCAGUCUCAAAAUAGCGGUAAGCGGAAAAUGUCAGAAUUCUCUUGUAAUCCAGGUAUGCAAAAACAUGAGUUGUUUUUUCUUGCUAUUGCUCAACAGUACAGUACUAUAUCUAAAGGGGGCAAGUGAUUGUUAGAUUAUUCAAAGGUACUUUUUCCUACAGGACUUGUUACGGUUUACGCUCGUACUGUAGAAGUGUAUUAUUAGUAAUGGUAAAACUUACACUAGCCCCGAUGUUCCGCUACCUCGACCGAUAUGUGGUCUUGGCCGAGAUAGGGCAGCAUAACCAGCGAAGCUGAAAUCACUUUUUAUAAGGUAAAAAAGGAAAGAACUUACAUAGGCUGGGUUGAUGUGAAAAAACUAGAGAGUAAAUAAGACAAUGACUAUUAUACUUUGCUAAAGGAAAUCCGAGCGUAACAGAUUGACCAAUAAUAAGGAUUUACAACAGAUACUAUCUCUAAAAUGACUAACCUACGUCUCAAGCGGAAAUAAUCACGAAACAGAAAAAUGAUUGUUUAUAUAACGUUCAGUGGCGUGACGGCACACCCGAUAUCAAUAGUCGCUGGAUAGUCGCCAUUUUUAUCAGCGUUUAUAUAUAGGUAUAAAUAAAAAAUAUUUUGAAUAAACAAUAAAUACCGAUCAAUAUAUAAAUAUAUAAAAAAAAUUAAAAGAUAUCGACACUAAAAUUAUAAAAAUUACUUUGGUUACUUAAACUGUGGAUACUGCAUAAAACCUCCUGAAAAAUUACAUCUUAUUACAUACAUUGUAAGGGCUGUCUGGAAUGAAAAUGUCUUGAGUGCCUUCUUUCAAAUGACAACUGGGGAGCUUCUCCAUAUCGCAGAAAGAAAUAAAUCCCAACUUUAAGCGCAGUAAAAGCAGAAAAGCGAUCUCCUAACGUGUUUUAAGUCCUGAAUUCUCCACUAUGCCAUUUAAAAAAAAAAUGUGCCAACAGGUUUUCCAAUUUUGCUAAUUGUAUCUUUCAUCGAAUUGCUAUAAACGUUGACAUUCUAUUCACAUUCAAGUACACAGCUAUUAUUGUGAAUCUCUGCUAACGCCCUAACCAAGGUGCCUAGUGGAGGCUUGGAUGAGGUUUUUAAACCUCUUUGGCUAUGGUUGAUGCGCCUGAGUAGACAUUCAGUAACGAUGAGUACCUUGACGAGAGCCGUCUCUUAAAUAUAGCCGGUACUUCAAGUGGGGAUAGCGGAAUCUUUUUUAAGAAGCAUAUGCCCUCCAAGAUAGCUAGUCAUGAAAGUACAUCUUCCCUGAGGAAGGAACCUCUCACACAACAGUAAAAAUUAUAUUAACCACGUAAAUUUGUGUAAGUGGGUAAAAAGUGUUAGGUUAUUGUGCCUACUGAAUGUUUUGUUGCUAAUAGUUUAAAAAACGUUUAACUUUCCUGUUAUUGAUUUUCAGACUCUGUUCUUACUACUGCCUUUAUCCAAGUUAAAGUUUCUUCAAAUGCCCAAGAUUUAACUGUUGAACAGCAAAGAACGAUAACUAAAGAAUUAGAGCAGUUGGCUCAUAAGUACCGAAGACACCAAGAUCUUUCGUCAUUGCCAUUUGUUAGUAGAGUAGCCCGCCUGGCUGAGUUUAUAGAAAAGGCUUUUGAAGUGGUCGUAUUGUUUGUGCAACCAGGAUCUUUGAUAAUAACAGUACAGUGCCCCAGUCUAGAGAGUCUUGAAAGUCUGUGGAAUGGUUACUGUUCUGGUUACCUUAAUGACAUCGUUGAAAGGUUCCUGGUAACUGAUGAACUCAAGAGAAAGCUCGGGAUAGACAAUGUCAGGUUAAAGACAACUAUAGAAGAAGAAAAUUACUUAGUUUGUAAGAAAGCUUUCAUGGAAAACUCAGGUGAGUUGGGCAGUCUUAGUAGAGCUUUUUCUGGGAACAUGCAUUUUGCCUUAACACGUUUUAUGGAACAAUUUUUAUUGCUGUAUCGAAUAUUUUAAUAAGCAAAUAAAGUGGAUAAAAACUCAGGGUGCAAAGAAAGUCAACUAUAGCAUGUACUAGCCCACAAGUCAUUUCAACUAGCCCCAAAACCCUUUUUGAUUAGCAGGAUUAAUUACCAUCCUUCUGUAAUUUGAAUUUCCCCCAAAAACAGCACUUGCCCGUCGGGCAAGUUAAGAACAAAAAUCACUAGCCCGAUAACAAAAUCCACUAGCCCCGGGCUAUCGGACACGACUUUCUUUGCACGCUGAAACUGGUUAAUUUUUUUUUGUCGAAACAUUUAAUAUAAGUGAAAAAGCAGUAAGUGCAAAAAUCCAGUUAAACGUUGUCAUCUUGGCUGUUUAUAAUGACAACUGUUGUAAGUGCUGAGGUAGUUUCAGCGGAAUGGUCUGUGGAGAGCGGUCGUCAUACCCUUCGGUCAUAGCCUUUAUGUGCAGCACAUAACAUAUUUGAUACAUAAUCUCCCCAGUAGCAUGUUUUCUCCAUUUUCUUGCAACAGAAGAUUCUCUAAAGGCCGGGAGCUCCUUAGAAUCAAAGUGCAACGCGUCUCAGAGGAUGCAAAGCAUGACUGAGGACCAUGAAGGUAUCUUCGUAGACAGCAUGCGUAGAAAUCAUUUCUGUGUAUUCUUAACGAAGUGGGCGAAGCGCGGGAGGCGCGCGAGAGCGAACAAAAAAUAGGGAAGGGGAGAGAAAUAAUACACCGGCCGCUGAGCUUCUAUCCCAGGAAUACACAACCUAAUAUAUUAUGCCCAACAAAUGUCCGCCCCGGAGAGGAAUGGGCACACCUGGAAUUGACUAAGCCUCAAGUUUCAAAGAGAAUAUAAUUGUAACCAAAGCUUGUUUUUGCAGAGCCUUCUACAGAAAUUGACAACAACCAAAGAACGAACUCUUAUCAGGACGAGCAGCUUGUUUCAGAAACGUCCCUUAGUAGUGACUAUGAAAUGAAAGCUGAUGCUGCAUCAGGAAAUCCAACUGAAAUAUCCACAAAUACAGACUGUCAGUCUCAAAAUAGCCGUAAGCGUAAAAUGUCAGAAUUCCGUUGUAAUCCAGGUAUGCAAAAACAUGAGUUGUUUUUCUUGCUAUUGCUCAAUAGUACAGUACUAUAUCUAAAGGGGGGAAAUGAUUGUUAGGUUAUUCAAAGGUACUUUUUCCUACAGGACUUGUUACGGUUUACGCUCGUACUGUAGAAGUGUAUUAUUGAUAUAUAGCGCCGAUAUCAAUAGUCGCUUGAUAGGCGCCAUUUUCAUCAGCGGUUACAAAAAAGGUUUUAAACACUAAAAUUAGAAAAAUUACUUUGCGUACUAAAACUGUACUAACUGCAUAAAACCUACUAAAAACAAAUAAGAACGUUACAUCAAAUGACAUAAAAGCUUUCUGGAAUGAAAAUGUCCCGAGUACCUUCUUAAAAAUCAGGGACACCCAACGACUCUUUUGUGUAAAAUAUCUGUUCGGAGAAGUAAAUAUUGCCUAGAAUUUUCUAUUGCUUGAAUACGGCUAAUACUUUCUAGAUAAGCGUUCCAUUCAGGUACUAUUUUACGAAGCUUAUCUACAAAAUAACCUACGAUUUUCUGAAGUUUCACUUUUCAUAUUUUACUCCUUAUGUUAGGCUAAUUUUCCUAGAAAAAGAAACCUAAAAUUGUCGGAUUCAAAAACGUGCUGGAGAGAGUAAUAAGAAAAAUUAUCACUUUAGUAAAACGUUCAAUUACAUCUAAACUUUUCGAGAAAAUAACACUGUAGCCCUUGAGAUUUCGAAAAGCCUCAAAUUCCCGUAGGAUGACCGAACAGAUACAAAUUUUAUAGCACCGCUUAGAAUACGUUUCUAGAGAUCUAAAAGUAAACUGGAUAGCCUAAAAACGCUUUUCAUGAUGCAUUUAGUAGGAAACCAUCGUUGGUUUCCCCUGAAAAAUGGCGACUGAGGGGCUCCUCUAUAUCGCAAGAGGAAACAAAUUCCAAAGUUUGAGAGCAGCAACAGCAAAAGAGUGAUCUCCUAACGUGGUUUAAGUCCUGAAUUCUCCGCUAUGCCAUUAAAAAUAGCUUAGCGACAAAUAUUUUCAAAAAUAUAUGCGAACAAAAUUCCCAAUUUUGCAAAUUGUAUCUUUCGUCGAAUUUCUAUAAACAGUAUCAUUUCUUAGACAUUCAAUUAUGCGUCUAAUAUCGUGAAUCUGUGAUAUCUAAACUUCCUUUGUGGGGGCUUGGAUGAGUUUUUUAAUGCUCUUUGGCUAUGGUGAAUUUGCUUGAGUAGCCAUUCUGUAAUAAUGAAUACCUUCGCAAGAGCCGUCUCUUAAAUCCAGGUACUUCAAGUGAGGAUAGCGGAAUCUUUUUUAAGAAGCAUAUGGCCUCCAAGAUAGCUAGUCAUGAAGGUGCAUCUUCCUUGGCAAAGGAAUCUCUAAACAGCUGGAGUUUGCAAAACAUUGCAGGAUCAACUUCUAGUAUAGGUAAGUAACAAGCUAAUUAUUUUGAUAGGUUGGUACAGUAGUAAUAGAGAGGAGAAGUGUGACUUCACGUUACCAUGGUAGCACUAUUUCUGGAUGACAACAAAACCAACGACGAAGGCAACAGCGAGGAGAUCAGCAAAAAUGAUAUGUUUAUAUUAACAAACAAUAACUUUGCACGUGCAUCACGCUAUUUUGUACAUUUCUUUGCCGCCUUGUACCACUACGACAUGAAACUUAAUUUCACGAGCCCGCUUUAUGGAGUAGGGGUGAACACAACACAAAAAUCGUCCCUUUCAUUUUCUUAGAUAACGUUAGAUAUGGUCCCAAAGAAAAUUUCGCCAAGAUUUGGCAAAUUGAAUGAAACUGAAUAAGAUCGGCGAAGUUUGAAAUAGUUCGAAUAGACUUUUAAGUAACUUUUUCGGUUUGUUGUCAUCCAAAAAUUUUGCUACCAGGUGAACGUGACGUAACGACGUCUCCUCUCUGUGAAGGUUCAGGAAUAGUGAUUUUCUGAAAAGAUGGCCCACCUGGAUAUUUAGGUGCAAAAACUUCAAAGUUUUAGCAUGUAACAAUGAUAUUGAAAAAACAGUCACCUCGGCGAACCCCGCCUUACCGAUACCUCGUUAUUACGGACAAUUUCCUUGUCCCUAGGUAAAGCCCUUACAUUUUCUCUAAAUUCUCUUAAUACACGGACACCCGUUAAUAGGGAAAACGGACACUUGUUUCUUGCCCAAUCAAUAGAUUCUCAUGGAAUAUCAACCUACAGUCGGCGACAAAAUUGUUGAGACAUUGUGCUCAAACAGGGUAACUUCAGAGAACAAAAGAAUCCACACCCCUCCUCUGUCCCCUCCAUUCAAAGUUGGGGUGUUUGUUGUUUUCUGUGCAGACAUUACUCUAGUAUAGUUUUCGUGGCACCAUAUACGCAAAUGUAAGAAUGCAGUGAUAGUCUUUCACAAGCACUGAAUACAUGCAGUUCUUUGACCACAUUAUCGAGUGUGCUGGCAGGUACAGUACUAUCAUCUCUCUCUGCAAAUUUAGUACAUUGUACGAGUUGUCCCAGAAUUUUUUAUCUUUAUCGUGAAAAGUAAGGGCAGCUAAAUAAAUAUGGUUAUAAUAUACUUCUCAAUACUAAAAGAUUACUUUCCUUAGAAAUGUGUAGAUGUGUAGAUCGUCACUUGAAGUUUAGUAUUGUCUUUUAAAAUGCUUCUAAAGGAUAACAUACAAAGACAGUCAAUUUUGUGUUGGGCUGUGACAAACAUGCAAAAAUAAAAUUGGCUACUUGAAAUUUUAAGAUGCCUGCUUUUCCUUUCUAAUAUUUUACCUCAAAGCUUGCAAGAGCUGACUGUAUAACCGAAUAGGAACCGUUUUGGAUUGUAAUCUUAAAAUGCAUUUGUAGUACUUUAAAAAGUUAAACUUUUGUUUAAAAUUUGAACGACAAAUUGAAACUGAACGAUGAUAAAACUGAAAUCAUGAUCAUUGGCACAUCGCAGCAACUAGCUAAAGUAUCCAUUAAUAGCCUUCGUGUCGGAACUGCAACUAUCACUCCUGUGUCGUCUGCAAGGAACUUGGGCUCAUGGUUUGAUUCUAAGCGGACGUUGGCAAUCCAUAUUUCAAAAACAUGUAACUCUGCCUUCUACUAUUUGUUUAAUCUGAGACGCAUAAGAAAGUAUCUAUCUAAAAACAACACCAAGACUCUGGUUCAUGCCUUUAUUUCAAGAAGAAUCGAUUACUGUAACAGUCUUUUAUAUGGCCUGCCGGAGUAUCAACUCAAAAAGCUACAGCGUGUGCAGAACAUGUGUGCUAGAUUAAUAUGCAAUGAAAUUAAAUAUUGUCACCUUACUCCUUCAUUAGUAGAUAUACAUUGGCUGCCUGUAAAGUUCAGAAUUGAAUUUAAAAUCCUGCUGAUUUUAAGAUUUUCAAGGGAUUAGCACCUUCAUACUUAAGUUUUUUUAAUUAAUCCUAAGCCUGUAUCUAAAUAUAACUUAAGAAGUUCUAGCGACAGUACCUUACUUACUUAGCCUUUUUGUUUGCCGCAACUACGUUAUGGAAUGUUCUGCCAAGACAUCUCAGGGAAUCCAUUUCUAUUGACACUUUUAAGAGAAAGUUGAAGACUCACCUUUUUAAAAAGGCAUUUUGCACCACUUAGAUUAUAAUAUUGUAUUUUUAGCUUCCACUUUUACAAAAACAUAUACACAUUAUUUUGUUAGAAGCUCAGUAAAGGCUUGUUCUCACACUAGAAGAUGCCUCUGACAUACCAAAGGGUGUUUCUGUCACUGAAAAGCAGACUGUUGCAAAAACACACGCUUUAGCUUCUGGAUUCUCAGGAGAGCAAUGUCCAGUUGAUGAAAAGAUUAAUACUGAGGAUGCUUACUUUGCUUGCUUAUUUCGAGCGAACUCGAACUCCAUUAUCUAGCUUCAUCCAUUCCUUCCGGUUUCCCAUGAUGCUCUUCAGUUCCGCAAUGCUCAAACCAGUAUCAUUUCGCAGCUGGUUUACAUAUGUUGUUGCUGGCCUUCCUCUCUUUCUUGCGCCGUGCUUUGGCUUCCAGAGUAGUAGUUCACUUAUCACCUCAUCCUUUUUUCUCCAACAGUGUCCUAUAAACCGCAGCCUCCUGAUCAGCAGUGUAUCUGUAAUGUUAGGAAGGUUGCCGUGCAGUUCUUUGUUGGUUUUAUGCUCCUUCUAGGAAAUUCCAAGAACUGCUCUGAGCAUUCUUGUGUACCUACCAUCUAGUCUAUUCUAUUUAUUAUAUACUUCACAGUAUAAAGCGCUAUUUUUCCAUUUGCUGUUUAUUAGGAUAUAAUCUAUUUGACAUUUGGUUCCAGAUGGUGUUGUAUGAGUCCAAAGCUUACCUUCGCGCUUCAUAAAACUGGUGUUCAGCGGUUUGAGAUUGCAUUCUAACAUGUAGUUUAGGAGUAGUUGCCCAUUCUCGUUGGUGUUUUUGUUGUAGACUGACCCCUUAGCAUCACUUGCACCAAUCUUUCCAUUCAUAUCCCCACCAAUUAGUAAGACAUUGUGUUUAGGAACAGCCUUAGUCAGUGCUGAUAAUUCUGCAUAGAAUUCCUCUAUGACGUCCGCGUUAGAUACAUUGGUGGGGCUGUAGCAGGAUAUGACAGUAACAGCAGGAUUUCCAUUGAAAGUGGCAGUGAGAGUCCUUGGAUUGAUGGUUUCUACCGAGUUCAGUGCUUUGUGUGCUUUCGGACUGAGAAGUAAGCCAACACCUCGUAUUGUUGAGUUAUUUGUAGCUUUUUCAGCGGAAGAUGUAAUCAUAAUCCAACCUUUCUUCAUGCCAUGGUACUUCAGCUCGAUGUCAUCAUGGUAGAUCCGAUGUUCUUCGAUACAUAUGACAUCAACGUUCUGUUUCUGAGCUAUUGCAGUUAGUUCACAUGUCCUUCUAAUGGAGCUCAGAGUGCGACAGUUGAAAGUUGAAACAAGAGUAGUCUUUCUACACUUAAAAAGCCGGCAAUCCUUCGAAAUGUUUUGGCCAGUAGCAUUCUAUUUGUAUUUGUAUUUGUAUUUAUUUAUUUGCCAAACGAUUACAAUAAUUACAAAGAAAUGCCAAAAAAAAAAUGUAGGAAGAAAUGGCGAGGAGACCUAAAGGAAACUAUAGAGCUUAUGUUAAUUAGGCCUCCUCAAUUAUUUUUCGAAGAUGGCAGUAAAAAUUACGGCGACGGAUACAAAAUAAUAUCAGGUGGAAAAUUAAACUAAUCAAUAUUACGGAAGUUUACAAAUAAUGUUGAAUAUUAAAAGGCUUUUUCGCAAGAUUUCUGUUGGAGUAUACUAAUAAUUAUGACAAAUAAAUGCCUUAAGUGCUCUUUUAAAGCAAAAUGGUGAGGAAGCGUUGAUGAUGUUGGUGUUUAAGGUGUUGUAAAAUUUAGGUCCUUGAUAAAAAACGGAAAAUUGUUUGGUUCGAGUAAGACAGAAAGGCAGACGAAAUUCACACGAGUUUCUUGUAUUAUACGAAUGAAUUUGACUUUUAAAAGUAAAUUUACAAUGAAAUUUUAAAGGUAGAGUAUGGUUUUGAUAGGAGUACAUGAAUAAGCCUAGUUUUAUUAAGUAUAUAUCAUGAAAUUUUAAGAUACCAAGAUUUUGAAAGAUUGGAUUAGUAUGUGCAUCGAAAGUGGUUUUAGCGAUAGUUCUGAUCACCCGUUUCUGUUAAAUGUCAAGACGAAUAAGGUUAGUUCUGUAAGUGGAGGCCCAAACUAAGUUGCAGUAAAAAAAAGUAUGGAUAGACUAGAGAAAAAUUUAGUGUUCGUAAGGUUUUAGAAACUGGAUUUACGAAUAAUUCCGGUACAUUUAGAAACUUUAUUGGCGACAUGUGAGAUUUCAGAUCUCCAAUUUAAAUUUUCAUCCAUGAUUACUCCCAAGAAAACUGUUUCUUUUACUUGAUCAAUUUUUUGGCUAUUAAAUAAAAGUUGAAUAGUUUGAUUUGUACGCUUUUGGCAUGGUUUAAAUACAAUGAAUUUGGUUUUUUUCAAGUUUAAUGAAAGCCUGUUAGCUCUAAACCAUAAUGACAACUUAUUUAACUCAGCUUUCAGUAUAUUAGUCAGGCAGUUUUUAUCCUUGUGAGACACAAAAACGUUUUUAUCAUCAGCAAAUAAUAUCAGUUGUAAUGUUGUUGACGUGUUGAUUAUAUCGUUGAUGUAGAGCAGAAAAAACAAAGGCGCUAGUAUUGAACCUUGGGGAACGCCAUACUUGAUAUUAGCACAAGACGAAACAUAACCAUUGUAUUCUACAAAUUGAAGUCUGUUGGAAAAAUAGCUCUUAAUCCAUUUCAGAGCCAAGCCACGUAUACCAUAGUGUUCAAGUUUAUCAAAUAAGAUGGAAUGAUUGACUGUAUCGAAAGCUUUAGAGAGAUCUUAAAAAACACCAACCGCUAGUUCACCACGAUCAAUAGCAGAUGAAAUUUUUUCAUGAAAAUCAAUCAAGACAAGCGUCGUAGAGUGUUUUUUCCUGAAGCCGAACUGGUUAUCACAGAGAAUAUGUAAAUUAGUUAAAUAAUCAUACAAACGAUUAUAGAUGAUUCUCUCUAGAAAUUUUGAAAAGCUUGGUAGAACCGAGACAGGCCUAUAGUUGAUGAAUAGUGACUGGUCAUCAGCUUUAAACAGUGGUACCACACGAGCUAUUUUCAUUUGAUCUGGUACAACGCCAUGAGCGAUCGAUAAGUUCAUAAUGUGAGCCAGAGGUCCCGAAAUGAUUUGAAUGGAUUCCGUAAUUAUAGACACUGGAAUAUUAUCGUAUCCAGCCGCUUUCGCGGAAGCAAAGGAUUGAGCAAUGGUAAUAAUUUCAUCCUCUGUUGUUGGGCUAAAAAAGAUUGAUUCUCGAAAUGAUCCAGAUAGAAAAUCUUUAUGUGAACAAGGAGGAGGCUGUAUCUUCUUUGCGAGGUUGGGACCAAUACUAGAGAAGUAGUGCAAAACCUAUUUGCUACUUCCACUGGAUCAGAAAUCUCCUGACCGUCUGACUUAAAUAUUGUAUGUAAUUGAGGCCUUGACUUUUUUCUAUUUAAGACUUCGUUUAAAAUUUCCCAGGUCGCAUCUGUAUUUGAUUUAGCAUCUUCCGAAUAUUAAGAUGUAGGAAAGAGAAAUCGGCAUCAGAAUAAUUUUCGCGUCUGAGCAUUUCGUUAAAUUGAUUUUCAAUAAAAUAGUCGCAGGGUGUGUCAUCUGCAUUAAAAUUAAUGUCGGGAUCAAGACUGUCAGACUGUGUCAAAGAAGCGUUUGAGUUUGAAAAAAUUGGAUUGUAACGUAAGCUAGAAAAUCUAUCAGGAUCAAAGUGAACAGGACCAUUCUGUAGUUCAUAUAGCGCCAGGGAAAGGCUAGAAUCGUCUAAAUGAUUAAAGGGCAGUACAUCUGAUAGCAAGUAUUGUGUCACUGUCAUUUUAAGUUAGCAGUAAAGUAACUAAUUAACUUGUCUGAUUUAACCUCGUCUGUCCUGUACAAUCAACUUGUCCAAUACAAAGUACGCUACUUUUCCAUUCCGCUUUGCUUCCUCCAGCUUGGGUCUCUGCUCUUCACGCUUAUCUAGGGUCUCCUUAGCAAGAUCUUCAUUUUCGUAUAAACCGACAGGUUUAAUUCUUCUUGUCAUCUUCAAUAUUUGCUCCUUUUGCUUAAAAUCUCGAAGCUUGCACACAAUUGUACAAGGGCGUCUUCUAGGGCCAGAAACAACCCUACCGACACGAUGAGCACGUUCGACGUGGAGCGCUUCUUCAAGGUUGAGCUUCUCCGCUACAACUCGUUUGACUUUUUCCUCUGUAGUGUCCCACGAUUCGUUUUCUUCUUCUAAGAUCCCAUCAAUUCUUAUGUUGUUUCUUCUACUCUGAUUCUCCAAAUAUUCUAAUUUGUCCAUAUGGUAGUCGAUAGAGUCGUAGAUCUCCUUGAUUUCAUCCUCUAUCUCACCAAGUUUGGUUUUACACGGCUUCACUUCGUCGAUAUCUUUCUGAGAGAAUUCAAGGCUUUGUGUGAAUUCUUUUGUGUCCUUCUGGCAUAUGUUUAGGCGCGUUUUAAGUUCAGCCACAGUUCCAACCACUGUAUCUAGUCGAGAAUUGAAAUUGCUCACAAGCGAAUCUACAAGGGUUUUAAACAUCCUUUCUUGAAGCUGAAGCAUUUCAUUCAACAUCGCCGUCGUUACAAAUUCAUUCGAGGGAUUCUUGUCAGCGCUUGGUGAGCUGCCGGUUGUCUUAGAAUUACGUGUUUCUGGCAUAAUUUUGGUGAACAGGAAAAACAAAAAUACUGAAAAACCGAUGAAAUGGGCAAGGAAAAGAGCGAAAUAAUCAAAAUACGAGGAGCUAAAAAAUUAGCGUCCGCCCGCCAUAAAUAUGCAAAUAUAUGCAAGUAGUCUAGUAUGGUAUUCUUUUCGAUCCCAGCCUGGCAUCCCACUGGAGGACGCGCUCCUUGGUGACCCACACGACGAGCGAUGUGGUAUGAAGUAGUCUAGUAUGGUAUGCUAGUCAUGUUGUUUUUCAAUUGCUUUCACACUUCCAAGAGGAAGUACGAUUCAGUACUAGUGGUCGCAACUCCUACUAGUAACCGCAGUUUUCUCCUAAUGAGAAAUGGUUGAUCCAUGCCGUUGUGUUUAACAGUGUCAUUCAUCACCCGCCAUCGAUCAAAACACAAAUAGCCAUAAUAUCUGUCUGCCGGUAUUUGCCUAUCCGUGCCACAGAAGAGCUGCUGCCCACUCCUGGAUUUUUUGUCAUCGAGUUUUACUCCUCUAGUUAGUUAAGAUUUCGUCUGGUUCCUACCCUUCAACCUGUCUGGCAUGGUUAAACCUGCCAGGAGACUUGCUCCCGCCAGCUUAGCUCUCCGGGUCAUAGGAACACACAAGCUAAUCCACCACGCCAAGGUAUUUAAUCAGCGGAUCAGCAGAUUAAGUGAAGAACCUCGCCCAAUUUGCCAUACUCCUAGUGUUUCAGGGUUCACUUCUGACCAAUGUAUGGAAUUAUAACGAAGAGAUGCCAAACUUUUUUACUCUUUCGAGUGUUUGGCCCAUUUUAAAAUAACUGUUUUUAUAUUAUAUUUUGUUGUCUGUGUAUUUGUUGUCUGUGGCUGAAAAAUGCACCUUUUGUUUAAAAAACCCCCACACUUUUAUGCUUUUUCACACAAUGUGUUGUUAAGAAGCAAUAUAAUCGUAAUAAGAAGCAGUAUUCAUUUAGAGUAUUUCUCCGUUUCUGAUUGGCUAAAAUCACACGCAUAAUUCGUCAUAACCAGCUACUGUUUAGACCACAUUUGGAAGAAUAUUUUGCGAUAUUGAACCAGUGACGUCAAAAGUGGAGCAAAUUGCUAGAUUAUUGAACCGUUAACCGAGAACACCCUGGGACGAGGUUGAUUUGUUUUGGUAGUGAGAGCAAAAAUGGCGGAACAUUUCACUCGUUUCACCAAGAAGAAGUAGGCGAACUAUUGGCCAAAUAGCAAGAACAGUAAGAAGACAACCCGAAGGACGACAUCUGCUAUUUGGAGAAUAUAUGCGGAGCUGAACAACCCUUUAUCUCCUAAACUUGCCGAUAAACGCACGCUAUCGAUGAUGAACUUAACUUCAAUGAGGGUAAGCCUGUUUUACGUUGUUUUUUGGUAACUAGGAAAUAUUUUAAAUGAAUAAUAAAACAAUUAUUGAAUUCGGCUUUCUUAUAAUGUGAAGAAUUAUGGAGAUCUCGGCCUACAGCUUCGACGGAUAACACCCUCGAUUUCCAUUCUUCAGAUGAUACUCAGCCUCAUUCAGUAAUUGUUAAGCAUUCUAACUUUGAAUACCGUAAAUCCUUUAUUAAGCCCCCCUCUCAAAUAAGCCCCCUCCCUCUAUAUAAUAUCCCCCCUUUUCAGGGGAAGAAAGUUAAUAACCCCCCCUCUCUAUUAUUUAUUUCGUUUACCCUCCAUUGAAAAAUGUUGCCUCUCCAACAUACCUACCAACAGUCUUCUUCUCAUUAUAUGAACCGUGUAAUAAUUUAAAAUUAAGACGAUACAGCCAUAAGGCUUGUGUUCAAAAUAUUUGAAAUACUUAAAUGACAGAAUUACCUCCUCUUUCAUAUACUAAUUCCUCCCCUUUCAUAAACCUGAAGCCUGAUAAACCUGACCAUCACAGGGAGUACCACCCGGGCGGGAGUCCACCUGUUUAAGGCGAAGAUCGUGUAUUGAACAAAGACCAAAGCAUUCCCCAAGGAUGUCUGCUUAAAUCAUGUUUGCCUUGGCGUUACAAGUUGUGUUUCGUGUUGAACGUUAUUGUUACUUUUUUUACUAGGUGUUGCAGGUAUCAAUGAGACUUCAUCUCAAACAGCUUACCCAGGUCAACUAGAAGAUACAGGGUGGAGUGACAAAAGCUCAGGUGUUGCAAAAGUAAGGUGUUGUUCGUUUCUUUCUUUAUCUUUUUUAUGACCGGGAACUGGUAACGCGAGCAAUAUAAACAAGCAGUCCUCAUAGUUCAUCAGCUGAGACCCGAAAAUUUGGGUUUAUGACUGACUUGAGGGAAACAGUCGAAACAUGUCUAAACUUAAUCUUUGACUAUUAAGCCACACAAAAAUGCAUGAUAGCAAGGAUAAAACGGUAGCUUUCACUUCGUAAAUCGAAAUUUAAAUUUGCCCCUCAUAAUCUCCUUUGGCCGCCAUCUUGAAUUUUUGGGAAGGCUGAACAGUUGCUCAUAUUCUUUUAACGUAAACAGAUCUCGUCUUAACGAAGAUUUAAAACAUAUUUGACCUAAAAACAUGACUUCCGCUCUUUCUAGUGCUUAAAUUAUAACUACCUGACGUCCCAUGUGAGUCAACAUCGCCCGUUAUUGGUCACUCAAUAAGACCGGCAGUUCGCAAUUUGUAUAAUAAGUAGAAAAAAUGUAAGGUUUAGAAAAUUGUUUCAGAAAAGAGUAAGUAAAUAAAUCAUAUGUAUGCAUUGCAAGUGUGUUGAAUAGAGUCUCUUCUUGAAAACAAUUUCUUGCUGGACAACCUUAUCCAGUCACGUUUCCGUGACCCAUGACCGGAAUCAGUCUCAGAGGUUUCAGCUGAAUGUAAUUCCCCACACAUCUCGUCAAAUAUCAAUGUAAUGGGCAAACUUAGCUCACCAACAAGAGAGAUUUGCAACUCGCUGAGCUUGUCCACACUGAAGUGAUGACUGACUGCCCUCCAAGGGCAAGACAAAGCAGCCAGCGAAUGACUUUGUAAAGAGCCGUUGGUCAUCCAAUCCUACGCUAUCUUUGAUCCAGUGAAGAAAGCCAAGGUGAAGGCCGUGCAUAAGGUUCGCAACAAGGAUCUAGUACUUCCUCUUGUGCUCGAAUGGCACUUCUAGGUCAGUUCCGGCAAACCGGGAACGUAACCGGCAGUUCCGACUAAACGGCAGUCUUGUAGAAGUUGUAGGUCUCCUCUGGAGCUAUGUUCCAUGUGGUCGCUUAGAGUAAGUAGCUUCGCGCAGCAGGCACGUAAACGUAGUGUUGAUCAAAAUCGUUAAAGGCUGAAAAUAAUGUCUACCUUUGACAGUGUACAAGAUAGGGACUUACUCCCUGUCUAUACUGUGAAGUCAAGGAACGAGCAGAUCAGUGCCAACACAAAUAAGCUGAAAUCGUCAAAUUCCUUGUGCCACAGGGCAAAACCGAAAAAUUUAGAGCAGACGCGGCAACUGGAGCAUGGACGUGUGACAACCAAAGACCAGUCGGGCGACUAGACGCAGACACAUCGUGAUCGGAGACCCUGUUCCUGAGGUACAGUUCAGUGACGAAGAGGCUGAUGCGACUAUUUUUCUCCAUGCUCGGCGUGCGCGCACGAAUGACAGUGUGAUGCACUCUGAUACACUGACACUGAGACUGAUGUAUUUGUCCUACUGCUUGCUCAUAGCAAAAACUUGACUUGGAAAAGGUGCCACAUGAAAAAGGGAAGAGACGUGAUCUUUCUAGGCAACUCGACCCAGACAAUGUUAACAAGUGCUUCAUGAGAGCCCUUAUCAGUGUAAACUUGAUUACAGGCCUUGAUAACAUCUCUGCCUUCUUUGCUAAAGGGAAGUGGAAAGCAGUCCAGCUACUCCAAGCAAUGGAGCGUACGUCCGAGUUACGACCAGUAUCACGGGAGAGAGUAAUCAGUAUCGCAGGAGAACUUUAAAUUCAAGAUACGGAACCACCCGUGUGUGAACUGUACGAAAAGAAGUGGCAUACUGUGGAUGUGCUUGCUACGAGAUCCACCCCAAGCUUAAGGCCGAAAGAUAAAGCUUGAGAAUCUGCCGCCAUGCGAGUCAUCUUUUCGACUUUACAGGAGCAAUUUUAUCAAGCCUCAAUGUGAAGAAGAACCCUUGUUCUGCUUCUCUUGUUGGCACGUUGAGUAGAGUAGUUUCAACUCAUGCGUAGGAACCUUUCUCCAGCUUAUAAUGGUUGAGCAGCAAAUGCAGCACAUGUGAAUCUAAGUUUAUGUUAAAUUUUCCAAACGCGAGUGUCAGCAGUGAAGAAUGGUGUUAUGGGAAUGAUGACAGUUAUGGGAUCAUAGCGCUUUUGUUCUAUAAUAAGCUCUAGACUGAAGAGUUGAGCACAUUUCGAGAGGGUUCGGUUCCUCACUCCCUUAUUUGGCCUAUACAGGUAUGUGCUGCUGAGCGAAAGGUCUUGAGUAUUAAACAGGAUAUAGAAUUUUACUAUUAAGCGUCUUGAACAGGGUGUCUUUUUGGGAUGGAAGCCUUAAAAAGACUCUGAGGGCUUUGCUAUGAGCAGUUCAAAUUUGCAAUACCAAAAUUUUUUUUCAAAAUAUCUGUUUCCGUGAUGUUAGUUUGAAAAACUACUAGAUUGUUUGUGUAAAACAAAACAAAUCAGGGAGCACGUUAUCUGCUCUCAUUUGUGCCUUAUUGCUCCUUGGUAGAGGUAUGUUUUACUUGACGUAGAACGACGUUACAAUACCUCUAAUUAUGUUCUUCCAGCAUUGUGAAAAAGAUGGCCUUAAACCUUCGACGACUGCUUUGGUCGUUAUCGUUCCAUAUGGAACGAUGCAUAUUUUCCUUCUUGGGCCCAUUUAGCUUUAAGUUCAAGUUAAUAAAUUGGCAAGCAACAACGUCUGCAAAGAUUUCCAGCGAUACCUCGUUUUGGAUAUUCUGACUAAUCCUAAAACAGACUACUACCUUUGUCAAAUUCAAACUUUUUCAAGACUAACGCUUUUAAAAUCAUUCAGCUAAUAACUUGACAAUCUGCAAGGAUUGAUUUUACAUGGUCACCAGCGUGUUAAAAAUAACUCGGUUUACGAUAGUCAGUAAAAGUAAGUGUUUUUGAAUUCAUCCUCGAUUAUGAGCGAUCGGCGUUUACAAGAAGUAUACUGCCCUUUUGAAAUCAGGAGAACGCUUGGAGCAGCCAAAGAUAAAAGACACUUGCUGAGUAGUUUAACCACUGUUCAUAGUUGUCUGUUCCUGAGACCCCAUCACAGCUGGAUUCAUGGGGAAAUGUGUGAGAUUUAUAACCCGAAAAUGAAGGAGGCAAUUUGUUUUCUUUUGACGCUGCCAUCGAUGGGUGAGUGGAUCCACAGUUGUUGUGAUGUUGGAAACUGCCAGUAUUAAGGGACCGGUCAUUAUUUAUGAAGAGGAGGGGAGGAGAGAGGAAAAAUAUGUUGGAAAGAUCAAAAUUCUUGUAAGACCCCCCCCUGAAGACCAUGUAAAUAGGUAGAAAAUAACCAUCGCAUGGCCAGUGUUUUAAUAGAGGUCUUCGCUCGAAAAAAGUCUUAAAGAGAGCAACCGGACACCUUUCUCCUCUAACAAAUAACGUACGUGACUUGAAAUCCCUGUUGUUAUCUUGGAAAACUUGUAUCCUUGUUCAUUUAAAUGCCUGAAAAGUGUAGCUGUCAUGGUUAGCGUCUGGUUACCACCGUUUUUGUUUUUUAUUUUUUACGCUAGCGUAGUCUGUUAUAAGCAGCUUGUUUAGUUUCUCUGGCUCAUUUUCCUCGCUUUUGUUGACAGUAUUUUUUUCUCUUAGCACCGCAUUUUCAAUACAUUUAGCCAGAAAGACGUACUUUUUACCGGGUUCGGGUUUUUGGAAUGUUUCUUAACUUUUCUAUUGUUGUUUUGCGUACAAAAUCAAAUCGUUGUUUGCAGAAAACCAUGGUCAUUUUCUUAAAUUUUGUUGUUAAAACAGCUAAAAUCUGAUUGGUUCUUGGUGGUUUCUUUUGUGUUUUUAGCCAAUCAGAAACCAUUUGUAAUUUGCACUCGUGUUACAAGUUUUGCACUCGUGUUACAAGUUUUCACUCGUGUUACAGAAGAACUGCACUCCUUUCUCAGCCAAUCAGAAUUGCGUAAUUUUUUCGUGUAUAUUAUUAGUCGGAAAAUAUGCCUUUUUUGUUGCAAAAUUCAUUUUAGCCAUUCUUUAGGCAUGCUAAUUAGCCGAAAAACCAAUCCAAAGAAGGGGACUUGGUGAAAAAUGUGGUUUUUUCGCUACUCGCCGGCCGUCACCAAAGGGUUAAAGAAAGUUACCAAUUUGCUUCAAAUAGGCCCUUUUUUGCCAAUUUCAGCACGAAACAGGUUUGUAACGUGAAUAAGAGGCACUUCCAAUGUUUAGUUAAUGUUAAUGGAAAUUUUCUUAUUUAGAUGAUUGAGAUGUCAGUUGAAUACACUAAUUCUAAAAAGAAAAGACGGUCACUGUGUCGUCAUAUAUGACGUCAUCAUAUCUUGACUAACCUUAACAAUGCUAGCCUGUUCCAGGUGUUCAGAUAGUAGAGCGCGGCGGUCAGUGGGGCGCGAGCGAUUUUAACUUACAAUUUAAAAAUUGUACACCGGGAAAACGGGGCGGGGGAGGGGGGACGAGGGGUCGAGAGCGAGAGAACGCCUGUAAACAUUCUUAACAAAGGGUCGACAGUGAUUACCAUAUUUCCUUGCAUAAGCGCUUUGUUUCUUAAAUCAAAUGUUCGUCCAAAAUGGAGGGGAAUAUAUCAAAGGAGGGCGAAGCCUGUGCACCAAGUAUUUCUGUGAGAAUUCGUCGAGAAAAUUGGAACCCCUCUUUUUCGGUCUGGCUACAACGUCAACACAAUAACUCAAUCAGAAACGCUUGCUACGCAGACUAACUAGGACACGUAAUCGGAGAGAGGGAAGGACCUUAAGAGCGCAUUUUAUCGGAGCUUGUUAUACAUUUUUCCUUUUUCGAGAUAAAAGUUAAUUUGACGCAAAUUUGUUUUUUUAUGAGCAGAUAAUUUACAUACUACAGACACACAAAGUUAGAAAUGGGACUUAAACUGACUUUACGGAGAACACAGUACUCAAGUAUUAAUGCCACAAUAAGAGACGAGACCUUAAUUCAAGUUAGGAAAGAAAAAGGCUUUAGUUGUGUUAUACCCUCUAUUUAAGAAACUGAGGGGAAUAAGGUAUUUAUCUGCCAGCUAGGCCAAGGGGGUAGGCACUUAUUCGGGGAGGGGGCUCAUAUGAGCGCGGCUUCUUAUUCCACGAAAUGUGUUAUAAGAGGAAGGUGGUUUGAAGUAGUGUGAUUGCACCGAAAAAUAUCAUGUCAGUCAUAAAUUGUAGUUUGUUAAUUAUCUUCCUAGGACAAGAAGCUGGCCCUAACCCAUGUUGAAAGAGCUGAGAGGGCAAGAGUAAGUUCUGGGCGAUGUUUAGAGUAGUGCAAGGUUAUUGUGCAUUCAAAGGAAUGUGGAAUGAAUCUUUUUAAGACUUACACAUGUAUUAGAUUCAGAUGACGCUGAGUUUAUUACCAGACGUAGCAUCGUUAUUUAACCGUUUGAGCAGCGAGCCACUUUACUUUAUUGGAGUGGCGAGGAACUUUACUAGGGAAAGCUAGAAGUGGUGGGGAAAAACGGAAAGUUUUACCCUGAAGAGGGGAUAUAUACUAAAACAUCCACUAGUGUAAAUCAGUUAGGUAUGUUGGCUGAAGAAUGUUUAUUUCCCUUCUGAUUUAAUCAAACUUUUUAAACAGGCGUCGAGAGGUUCUCUUCACAAUGCUUCUAUCAGUGGACAAUACGAGAUGGUCAAAAUGCUUCUUGAAAGUGGUGACGAUGUGAAUCAAAGAGAUCAGGUUUAAGUCCUCUCCAGUUUAUUCAAGUCCUACGUUAAGCCCUACCUCUCGCGUUCGCUUCAGUAGCAGAUUCUCUUAUUCUGUUCUCACCUUGGCUGCGACGCACUAAUGCAAUAGCCUACGGACAAGUUCUUGUGUUGGUCUCGCGGCGGUUUCGCAAGGAGUUUCGAGCCAGCGGGAAAAUGGGCCCUUCGAAGGUGGCUAGUCACAUGUUAAAAAAGGCUUCCAGAAACGAACUGGGGCAAGUCAAACAAAGAGCUCGCAUGAUUUAAAAUGCCAUCAUUAGGUUAAACCUGAUCGUCCUGGUGAAUUUGUCCAUUGCCCGGUCAAGAACUGAAUGAUGAUUUCCUCAUAGGUUGCGAAGCAUUAGUUACUGUCACCAGCAAUGCUAUAGGCGAAUCUUUGUUUACAAUUUUUCCCUCAUUAUAAACAUAUGCCUUUCAUUCUCUGAUCAAGCUAUUAAAAUAUACUCUCUGAAUAUUAAAAGAGCGUAGCAAUUUCAGUUAUCUGUGAACAUUUGAGCCUGGUACACCAAAUAGUUUCGGAGAAAUCAUCUUACGAAAACUCGAAACUUGGCAAAGAUUGUAUAGAGUGAGACUCAUUAACGUCUUUGCCACACAGCAGUCUUGCAUUCUUCGAUGGCUGCUAUUUCCCUUGCUCAAAUUAGCCAACUCUUUCAAUUAUAGUGUAAUGCUGCGUAUUAGUCUACUAUCCAUUUCACAAGUUAAGUAAAAUCACUCCAUGCAAGUUCUUGAAAAGCCAACAUUGUUACUGAACUAGCUGGCUUCUUUCAACCUCAUCUAACUGUGAUGGUUUUUCCUAUUUUUGUAGUUUUCUCUGACCCCUCUUCAUCUUGCCUGUUGGUAUGGACAGGAACCUGUUGUCAAACUGUUGUUGAAACAUGGUGCAAACAUCAGCGCUAAAGACAGGGUGAGUUGGUGAACGUUAUAUAUUACUUAGAGUAAUAUAGUGCCCGUGAGAGGGGUGGGGCAAGGAAGAAAACGUGUAUUGAAUGUUCCAUUGCGCAGGUAAAUACAUUUGCUCUAAUUCCAUCUGUGGUAUCCUUUAGUCCCACUUGUAUCACUUCACCAUAGUCAUUGUUAUGUUUCCUCUUUUUCUCCCACAUAUUUAAGCGCCUUCUCCAUUAUGCCUCCUACACCAAUUAAGUGAAUAAGCCACUUUUCAACUGUUAAAGGGGGUUUGAUGAAUUUUAGCGCGCUUGUAACAGAAAAUGAAUGAGGGGAUUAUUUAACAAUUAAUGAAUGAGGCUGAGUAUCUUAUGAAGAAAUAUGCAGAUCGAGGAGGGUGUUAUCCGUCGAGGCCGUAGGCCGAGGCGGAUAACACCCUCCGAGAUCUCCAUCAUUCUUCAUAUCAUACGAAAGCCGAAUUCAAUAAUUAUGUUAUUAUUCAUUCAAAAUAAUUCCUAGUUUAAAAACAUAGCUAAAACAUGCUUACCUCCAUCGAUGUUAAGUUCAUCUUCGAUAGUGCACGUUUAGAGUUGUUCAGCUCCGCAAAUAUUCUCCAAAUAGCAGAGGUCGCCCUUCGAGAUGUCUUCUUGCCAUGUUUUUAUCCAUUAUUUUGCCUAGUUCUUACUCUUGAAACGAGUAAAAUGUCCGCCAUUUUUGUUUAAUUCAACCUCGUCUCCAGGGCUUCUCGGUUAACGGUGCAUUAACCUGCAAGAAAUCUGCACUUUUGACGUCAUCGGUUGAUUGAUCGCAAAAUUCUUCCAAAUUUGGUCAUCAGCAGCUUGUUAUGGUGAAUUAUGCGUGUGCUUUUAGCCAAUCAGAAUCAGGGAAAUAUUUUGAAUGAUAAUAAUGCCAAUAUUAUUGCCCUCCUAUAAGACCAAAUCAUUUAAAGAAUUAAAAAGGCAACAACAACAACGAAAAAAAGCUUAGUUGUCGCAGGAUAACCAAUCGUUUUUUGUUUUUUGUUUUUGUUGAUGCUUUUUUCUGAAGGCUGACAUUAGAUCUGUUUGCAAAACUAUUAAUUUAGCCCAAUUCUUUUAAUUGCUUGGCUCUGUAAAUUUGUAGUUAAAAUUACUUUGAUAUAUGUUAUGGAGACAGAGGUAUGCGGUCAAGAUGUUUCUGUGGUAAAUAGCAAGUGGUAAUUAACGCGUAUUACUCUGCUUAAAUGUGUUUAGUUUCAACGAACACCUCUGCAAAAAGCUGAACGUCAAAAUCAUCAAUACAUAGUGCAGUUGCUGCUGGAGAAUGAUGCCAGCCCAAGUCUUCAUCAACCAGUAAGAUGUCAGCUUUUGUCAGUCUUCCCUAAUCCAUUUUGCCAAACUUUGUUUUUCAGAUGGGGUUCUACCUUAAAUGUUUCACGUUACCUACACAUUAUCGUACGAGUUUUUAGUCGCUUCCACCUUUUAGAUACCUUACAUUUGUUGUCAUUUAUGGAAUUACUUACCCGAGGACCGUAGAACUGAAGACCUAAGCCUGUCUUUCGUCAAAAACCUUGCAGAGCUUUUUACAAAAAAUAUAGCCUGCGAGCAAGGUCUCCGUAGAGUUCUGGCGGCUGGGGGGGGGGGGGGGUAGAAGAGAAGAAGAGCUUGCAGCUACUUCUCUUGAAUUUGACUAUCGGCAUCGAGAAGGUCGAUGCGAAAUGCUGAUUGGCGGGGAUGACAUUAGUAAUGACGCCAUUGUUUUUCAAUGUUUGCCUUCAUUCGCGCUCGUUUCCGCUUCGUACUUAUUUGCGGAAAACUGACAGCUCAGUCGACGGGGAACCACUGGGGAAUUGGAGGUGUAAUUCAAAUUCCAGAGACGUAGUUGCAAGCUCUCCUUCCUUCCCCCCCACCAGAGCGCCCUGGACAGCUUGCUCGCAGGCUACACAAAAUAAGAUUUCUCAUUACCCACAUGUUACCUGGGCAUAAAAUGAUAGCGUAGUCUUAAAUCAUAAUUAUCAGUUUGUAUGUGUUACUUCUUUUACAUUGUAAGACUAAAGUUAAAUUUCAGUUGAGUCAGGAUUAGCUCGUAUGGUUCUUCUGUUCCAGACUAGUCCUUCCCCGCUGCUCUUCUCGUGUAUGCAGUGAAAAUCGAUUAAAUUAAAAUAAAAAUUUAAUUUUAUUGAAAUUAAAUGUGUUUAUUUGCAAUACAAGGAAACAACCAUUAAUCGAUUAUCUAAUGAAAACUAUCUUUAUAUUUUCACUCAUGAACAAUACUCAUGAACAUGAUCAUUUUUGUUAUAGGUCAGUCUCAGGAAACUCUCGAGAAAAGUUUUCUUGCAAGUGGAUAAACAAUCUGGAUUUAGCCUGCUCCAGGCUGCUGUCUUGGACGGAGAAUACAACAUUGUUUUAAAUGCUAAUGGCCUUCUUGAUAACAUUGUAGAAGAGAUGGAACUUGUGACAACGGGAAAUAACGCAAAAGAUUUUCCAGGCAAGACCGCAGUUGACAUCUUGUCUCUUAUAAAGAGAAGAACACUAAGUCAUCAUAGAAUCGAAGCACUUUACAACGAGUGGGCUAAGGACAACAGUAGACUGACUGAGCUGCAGUGGGCUACAUGCAAUGAUGAUGUGGAACAGGCGGUUGAGUUUGUAUUAAAUGACGGUGUAGAUAUUAAUGCCCUAGGGUCAAACAGUGAUUGUACAGCUUUGAUGAGGGCGAGUCGUUCAUCCUCAAGUCAGUUCAUUGAGACCCUCAUUGAUCUUGGAGCAGACGUUAAUGCCCAAAGAAAAGAGAAAAAAGAAACUCCUUUAAUAUUAGCAGCUGACUGUAACAACUACAUGGCAGCGUACUUGCUUGUAAGACAUGGAGCUGAUGUAAAUGUACAGAUUAGUAAUGGGAUCACAUCACUGCACUUAUCAGUUCAAAAAAAUCACGAAAACCUCAUCAAAUUAUUACUUGCAAACAAAGUGGAUGUAAAUAUUCAAGAUAACGAUAAAAAUACACCACUUUUCGUAUCAGUCCGAAGAAAUGACGAAAACCUCUGUAGACUGUUACUUGAACAGAACGUGGAUGUAAAUAUUCAAGAUGGAUGUGGAAAUACACCCUUAAACUGGUGUGUCUGCAGAAAGGGUAACGAAAAUCUCUGUAGAUUGUUACUUGAACACAACGCGGAUGUAAAUAUGAAAGAUAAUAGAUGGGGAUAUACACCCUUACACUUGAGUAUCAGAGAGGGUAAGGAAAAAGUCUGUAGAUUGUUACUUGAACACAACGCGAAUGUAAAUAUUCAAGAUAAUCUUGGAUAUACACCCUUGCACUGGUGUGCCUCGAAGGGUAACGAAAACCUCUGUAGAUUAUUACUUGAACGCAACGCGGAUGUAAAUAUGCAAGAUAACCAUGGUUAUACCUUCUUGCACUGGUGUGCCAUGAAGGGUAACGAAAACCUCUGUAGAUUGUUACUUGAACACAACGCGGAUGUAAAAAUUCAAGAUAAAGAUGGAUAUACACCCUUGCACUUGAGUGUCAAAGAGGGUAACGUAAACCUCUGUAGAUUGUUACUUGAACACAACGCGGAUGUAAAUAUUCAAGAUAACGAUGGAUACACACCCUUGCACUUGUGUGCCAGAGAGGGUAACGAAAACCUCUGUAGAUUGUUUUUUGAACACAACGCGGAUGUAAAUAUUCCAAAUAGUCUUGGAUUUACACCCUUGCACUGGUGUGCCGUGAAGGGUAACAAAAGCCUCUGUACAUUGUUUCUUAAACACAACGCGGAUGGAAAUAUUCAAGAUAGAUGUGGAUAUACACCCUUGCACUUGUGUGCCGGAGUGGGUAACGAAAACCUCUGUAGAUUGUUGCUUGAACACAACGCGGAUGUAAAUAUUCAAGAUAAAUGGGGAUAUACACCCUUGGACUGGUGUGCCAGAGAGGGUAACGAAAACGUCUGUAGAUUGUUGCUUGAACACAACGCGAUGCAUGGACAUCCUAAGUUUGAACUGAGUUCUGCGCAAAAAGCUACCGAAACAAAAUAUACAACAGGUGUCGCUUCCGUUCAAGGUGCAGAAAAACUCAAGUCUAAUCUCAAAUCGGAGGAAGCACUGAAGCAAAACCCCUCGUAUACACAUACAACAUUGAAAAUAGAGGAACUGUGA